AUGCUCGCCAAGCUCUCCGUCCUCGCCCUUGCGGCUCUCGCCCCCCUCGUCUCCGCCGUCGGCAAGGCCCGCGUCGUCAACAAGGGCGACGACACCGUCUACGUCUGGUCCGUCGGCUCCCAGAUCGCCGGUCCCUACACGUUGAACAAGGGCGGCUACUACAGCGAGGAGUUCACCAAGGACCCCGUAACCGGCGGCAAGGCCUUCAAGAUCACCAAGACCAUCGACGGUCUCUACACCGGCGCUCCCCAGACCAUCUUCGCGUACAGCCUCGACAACGACAAGGUCUGGUACGACCUGAGCGACGUCUUUGGUGACGCUUUCAACGGCAAGAAGCUCGUUGUUGCCUCGGCUGAGACCACCUGCCCGUCGAUCAUCUGGCCCACUGGUGUGCCGCCUGCCGGUAGCCAGGUCAAGGUGUGCACGUCGACACAGGACGUGAAGCUUACCAUCUAUUAA